AUGGUGAAGGUUACAAGUUCAAUGAUAGGUGUGUAUAUGGGCAGGCACAGGAGGGUAGGGAAGCUUUGGGGUAUUUGCAUGUUGUUUAUUGUGUUUGGAAGGGUUGCUCAGGCGUUUGACCCAGUUGGGUGCUACGGGUCUUUAGAUUCGUCGUUUUCUUUACAAAAUACGAGUAUGUAUCAAAGUGGAGGGAACUGCGAGGAACACUGUAGAAGUAUAUCCAGGUAUAUGGCGAUGCAGUCUAAUGAUUGUUACUGUGGAAAUCUUGAAACGAGUUUGACGAACAUGGAAACGUCGAACGGAUGUAACGUACCUUGUCCUGGAUACGGUAGUGAGCAAUGUGGUGGUAGUAGUGCUUUCAAUGUCUAUCGUAUAAAUUUUGUUGGGAAUAUGGAUUCAAGUUCUGGAGCUUCAGCGAGCUCUACAGCCAGCUCUACAGCCAGCUCUGCAUUCACGUCCGGUGCUAAUUCAAGAACAUCCAGUAACGGUGCGAGUGCCACUUCAACCGGACCUAGUUCAGCAUCGUCUGCGGAGAGCAGUAGCAGUCCUGCAUCUGGGACUUCUGCGCCAGUUGCCGCUAGUACUUCUAACCAGGAUCCUGCCACCGUUGUGCUCGUGAGUUCUUCAAUUACAACCAUAAUGUCCUUUGGAGUUGAAACCGUUAUUACAAGUAUCGUGACGCAAACCCCGACUGCUGAGGACGCCAAAAGCAGUUCGGAAACGUCUGGAAAACCAAAACAUAAGGCCCUCAAUACCAGCACGCUGGUUGGCGGUCUGGUCGGUGGUAUCCUUGGUUUGCUGCUACUAGUCUUAAUAUUGUUACUAAUGCUUAGACGUAUUGCUGCGAGACGGGAACAAGAACGCAUGGAAAAAGAGUACCAAGAGGCAAUCAAGCCGGUGAACUACGAAGACACCUAUUACAUGGCCGGUGAUCUCGUUGAUAAGCCGCUACAGGAUCCAAAGGCCGCUCAGGUAAACCCCUUUGACGACAGUAGGAGAAUAAGCAAUGGAUCGCUCAAAUCUCACGCCCCUGUUGUCACCCGUAACGUUCUGACCGUUGUUAACCCUGACCAGUAA